AUGCUGCUCGGAGCGUCUUGGCUGUGCGCGUCCAAGGCGGCCGCCGCUGCUGCGCAGAGCGAGGGCGACGAGGACAGGCCGGGCGAGCGGCGGCGGCGGCGGGCGGCGGCCACAGCCACGGCCGCGGGGGCGGGCGACGACAUGGACGAGUCGUCGCUGCUGGACCUGCUGGAGUGCUCCGUAUGCCUGGAGCGCCUGGACACCACGGCCAAGGUGCUGCCUUGCCAGCACACCUUCUGCCGCCGCUGCCUGGAGAGCAUCGUUUGCUCGCGCCACGAGCUGCGCUGCCCCGAGUGCCGCAUCCUGGUGGGCUGCGGUGUGGACGAGCUGCCCGCCAACAUCCUGCUGGUGCGCCUGCUGGACGGCAUCCGUCAGCGGCCCCGCACGGGCGCCAGCCCCGGCGGCAGCCCGCCCGCGCGUCCGAGCCCUGGCCCCAGUGCGGCCCACACGCUCGUGGGCGGCGGGGGCGGCGCGACGGGCAGCGCCCCGGGCUCCCCCGUCUUCCUCCCCGCGGUGGCGGGCAGUGCCACCGGCAGUCUGCGUGAGCUGGCGACCGGCAGGAGCGCGCCGGUGGCCAAGAACCUUCCCCAGCUUCCCUACGGCAAAGCCCUCUACAGCUACGAGGGGACAGAACCUGGCGACCUCAAGUUCAACAAGGGUGACGUCAUCAUCCUGCGGCGCAAGGUGGACGAGAACUGGUACCACGGGGAGCUGCGGGGCUCGCGGGGCUUCCUCCCGGCCAGCUACAUCCAGUGCGUCCGGCCCUUGCCGCCGGCCCCGCCCCAGGGCAAAGCACUUUAUGAUUUCGAGAUGAAGGACAAAGACCAGGACAAGGACUGUCUGACCUUCACCAAGGAUGAGAUUCUGACCGUGCUGAGAAGAGUGGACGAGAACUGGGCGGAAGGCAUGUUGGGGGACAAGAUUGGCAUCUUCCCGCUCCUGUAUGUGGAGCUCAACGACUCCGCCAAGCAGCUCAUUGAGAUGGACAAGCCGUGCCCAGCUGCUGCGUCCGGCUGCCACGCCUCCUUGCCCUCUGACCCCGGUGCUGUGGCCAGCCUGGCCCCGGGGCCCACGUUAAGCAGCACAGGGGCAGUCAGUGCCUUUCAGCGGCGUGUGGAUGGCAAGAAGAAUGCCAAGAAACGCCACUCCUUCACCUCGCUCAGCGUGACACACAGAUCUUCCCAGGCCACCAGCCACAGGCAUUCCAUGGAAAUUAGCGCCCCGGUGCUGAUCAGCUCCAGCGAUCCCCGGGCCGCCGCCAGGAUCGGGGACCUGGCUCAUCUGUCCUGCGCUGCUCCCACCCAGGAUGCCUCCUCCUCAGCCGGAUCCACCCCCACGGCCAUCCCGAGGGCUGCUGCCGUGGCCGGAGAGCAGGGCACGCCUUCCAAGGUCCAGCUGCCCCUCAACGUGUACCUGGCACUCUACGCCUACAAGCCCCAGAAGAGCGACGAACUGGAGCUGCACAAGGGCGAGAUGUACCGGGUCCUCGAGAAGUGUCAGGACGGCUGGUUCAAGGGGGCGUCCCUGAGGACCGGGGUCUCUGGGGUAUUCCCUGGAAACUACGUGACGCCCGUCUCCAGGGUUCCUGUAGGAGGAGCUGGGCCACCCCGGAAUAACGUGGUGGGAGGGUCUCCACUGGCCAAAGGGAUAACCACAACCAUGCACCCAGGAGGUGGGAGUCUCAGCAGCCCGGCCACUGCCACCAGGCCCGCCCUGCCCAUCACCACACCCCCGGCCCACGCCCAGCACCCAGCCUCGCCCCCGACGGGCAGCUGUCUGCGGCACGUGGCCCAGCCGGCGGCCAGCCAAGCACGGAGCACCAUCCCUACAGCUGCCCACCACUCGGCCCAGGCUCAGGACCGGCCCACCGCCACCGUGUCACCCCUGCGCACUCAGAACUCUCCGUCCCGCCUGCCUGCCACCAGCCUCAGGCCCCACUCUGGGGCAUCCCCGCAGCACAGCCACCAGCCCCCGGUGCAGACGUGCCUGCGGCCGGCCAUCCCCCUCACUUCGGCGGCCUCGGCCAUCACACCUCCCAACGUCAGCGCCGCCAACCUCAAUGGGGAGGCUGGAGGUGGGCCUGUUGGGGGGCCGUCCACAUCCAGUCCUACCAGUGCGGGGUGCAAGCUGGACGAGAAGAAGAAUGAGAAGAAAGAGAAGAAGAGCGGGCUCCUGAAACUUCUAGCCGGGGCGUCCACCAAGAAGAAGUCACGCUCCCCGCCGUCUGUCUCUCCGACCCACGACCCCCAGUCGGCAGUGGACGCCUUGCUGCAGGGCGCAGUGGGCCCUGAAGUGUCCUCGCUGUCCCUCCACGGCAGGGCAGGGUCCUGCCCCAUAGAGAGCGAGAUGCAGGGGGCGGUGGGGAUGGAGCCGCUGCACCGGAAGGCAGGCUCCUUGGAUCUGAACUUCUCCUCGUCCCCUUCCCGGCAAGCGCCUCUCUGCAUGGCUGCCCUGCGCCCUGAGCCCAAGCCGUUGCCCAGAGAGAGGUACCGCGUAGUGGUCUCGUACCCGCCGCAGAGCGAGGCGGAGAUCGAGCUGAAGGAAGGCGACAUUGUCUUUGUGCACAAGAAGCGUGAGGACGGCUGGUACAAGGGGACACUGCAGCGGAACGGCCGCACCGGCCUCUUCCCAGGCAGCUUCGUUGAGAGCUUCUGAGGAGCGGUGCUGUCCCCGGCUCCCCCGGGGGCCUCCCGGGAAGCCCCAGGGCACGAGGAGAGUGGGCUGUGGCUGCCCUGAGGGUCGGGGUCCUUUCCACGGUGCCUGGCAGGGACAGCCUGGCCUAGGGCAGGGGCUGGGGCUGUGAAGGUCAUGUCUUUGCCCAAAACCCCAACGCAGAGCACACCCUGCGGUGUUCUUCAAUGGGAUGCCCACCCCUCUGUGCAAACUCUGAAGAGAGCCCCUUGUGCAAGAGAAGAUGCCGUCACAGGCCCGUCGUGGCCGUGGCUUCCAGCCGUGCCGCAGGUAGGAAGCUGCAGGAGGGCUGCAGGCUGCGCGGUGGGCAUGGGGCCACAAGUGCUGGGGAUGGUCCCCCCAGGCCUGCCCGGCCACCCUGGGCUUCCCACGGGGCCCAGAUUGCUGUCACCUCUCUAUAUACCUCAGUCACCUGCCGCCCAGCCACUCAGCAAGGGUGUUCAUGGCCCGGGGCUCGGGAAUCCCUCGGAAGGCCUGCCACAAGGCUCCUGUUGGGGACUGGAGCAGAAUCCGGUGUGGCUUUGUCUCCCGCCAGCAUUGUAAGUGACACUCUCUGUUCCACCACCACCGUCCCUUUGCAUUGCUUCUUUCUUACGACAUCUUUUUCACACGAAGCUGUUAGACUUUAUAUAUUUCUAAUAGGUCAGACGUUGCCUAUUUUUCAUACAUCUGGUGCUGCCUUUUUGUAAAACUAGUAAUGACUUGGUCGAGCUUGAAAGAAAAAAUGUGUGAGGUGACAUCAAAGGGGCAGGGUUUUUAUAUUUACCAUAUGAAUUUUGGGGAGGCUGAAAAGCCCACUGCCCCACAUCCGUGUCGGCUACUGCUCCGUGGGGUGGGAGCGGAUCCCUUUAGGUGGUUGGAGGGAGUUUGGAAACAGCCUCUCUCUUUAAACCUUUACCAAAACCCCAUGCUCUGUCUAGACAGUGAUGAUGAUUAUUCAAGACCUGGAAACAUUUCGAGGAAGGGCCACGACAAUGUCCUUUUGUGUAUUGGUAGAAGGAACGCACAAGUCCUCCCCAGCCCAGGAAGGCAGAAUCUUCCUUUUAUUCCUUCAGAGAGAAUGACUGCAAUUAGCAUCCUCAAAAUAUGAUUUCUUGCUAUCAAAAUGGGCAGUUGGUACCACAGUUCAGAUCACCACCUUGCAAAGGUUUUUUUUCCUUCUUUUUAAAAAAUAAAUAACCGCUCCCCCAUCAGACAGCACAAACCUUCCCCUGCUGGAGGCCAGAGGUGCACUGAGAACCGGGGUGGCUGCACCUCGGCAGACGUGCAGGACCCGGGGGACGGGAGGGCGAGAGAGGAGGGGGGGCAGCUCUGGUCCUGGGACCUCCCCUGAGUGGGGCCGGCAGAAGCGUGUUCAUUCACGCAUCACUCGCGUCUUCAGGACACUCACGGAGGGGCCCUGUCAAGACACAGUUUUGUUCUUGAGAGUCACCUUAGGAGCACAUUCUGUCAUCUCAGAUUCUUGAUUCAUAACCCCUCUGUCUACCUAUAUUUUUAUAAAAACCACUCAGACUUCAAUUAGGCUGCAUACCUUAGCCUUCGGUGACAUAGGGCGUCACUGGCCUUCAGGGAACAACCAGUUCCAGAAACACAUUCUCUAUCCUGGCGUGAAGCCUUUGAGACUUGAGCCACUUAUUUUCAGAGUUCCCAUUUGGGGACAUGGCUUGGCUACUUGUUACCACCAGGUGGCUGCGCACUAGGGAGUCACACCUGGAGAAAGGCUCUUUUCCUCCCUCCAGAUGAGAACACAUUUAAUAGACUUGAGAAAUUUGUUCAGAAUCGGAGAAAAAAUCUGGUUUAAACACAGAGACCCCUGUAGGUGAGUGACAACCAGAAGGUAUCUAUUUACCUUUGUUGCCAAAUUAGUUGCCAUGCACAAGAAUCCUGUGCGUAUUUAAAUUCACGCUGCCACCAAGGAGGUGCAUAGAUUAACACCCUGAGUGAGACAUGUGUUCUCCAGCGAAACCAGACUAACUCAAGCCUCCAAAUAAUAAAAAAGUUUUUUUAAAAAAACACAAGGGCAGCUACCAAGCAACGGAAUAGACUAACUCGGACCUUCUUUCCUCUGGUGCUUCUGGUAGGAAUGUGCUCAACACCUAGUGACGGUGGGGGAGGCAGCAGCCCCAGGCGGAGCACCCCCACCUCACGGGCAAGAGCUGGGCAAGCUUCACUGUGCCUUUGGAAGACACCAGCCGGCCCCUGCCGUGGCAGAGUCAGGGGUGGGCUUUGGUGCCACCUUGGGAGGAAAAUGAUGCCACGAGCCCAGCCAGGGCCGGGGCCUGCUCUGCGAGGGCUCUGGGAGCUGCUGCCAGGCUGCCAGGAGAGGGGCGUGCACACGGGCUGUGCUUGUGCUGAGUGCUCUACACGCGUUCAGGCCCUGCAGCCUGCGAGACAAUGCAGCCUGCAGACGAGAGCAGGAGUAAAAUCAGCCCUUUCCUCCAGGCCAUCUGGCCUUGAAGGACACCCCGUUUUGGCUGUACCUUGUCUAAAACCCUCAUGUUCUGUGCUGGCCUCGCAACUGCACGCGUCUUAGUUGUGCAGUGGCAUCUGGUGGCCCUGGUGAUUUGCUGUGAGGAGCCCAGUAGAGUCUACAGCCAUGACUGAGUGAAAGCACUGCACCCCAAGGAGCCAGCAUGGCCACCCCAGGCCCAGGGAGCGGGGCAGGGCAGCGGAUGGCAGCCCACGGGCACUGUCCUGUGUCCUCCCAAGGUGGCUGCCAGGCUGGGCGCCCGACACAAGCUCAGCGACUGACUGAGAUCCUUUGUACUUUGCACAGUUCACACACACACACCAAUGUUUCUGUUAUGCACAAAUGUCAGCGUGUGGUUUUGGAAGACUUAACAGUAAUGACAAACUAUGAUGCCUGUGUUUCCGAGUCUUUAAAUAAAAAUGAA